UGCACAUUUUGUUCCAGAUGCACAAGGUUUUUACAAUACACCUAACAUACUAGGCCUUAUCUAAAAUGUCCGUCACAUCAACAGAAUUGGAGAGUUGGUUGAUUUAUCAGUACAUCGUUUCAGAAUGUAAUCAUUGUCUUUUUAUGAGUGACACUGGAUUUCGUGCACGAGAUAUUGGACUGCGAGCACAAAAAAAAAUCUUGUCUCGUAUGGCAGGCAAACAUGUGGCUAGAGCUCUCAUUGAUGAUGUUACUGCGUCCCUUCUGGACAAUCUAUACUGCCUUGCUAAGCAAUACUCACACAACAAAAAAGAAGCAGAGAAGCUAAUAAAAAAUAUUAUAAAAAUCGUCAUAAAACUUGGAGUGCUUCACCGUAAUGGAGUAUUUUCACAAGAAGAGUUAAAUUAUUCGGAGCAUGUUAAAAACAAACUACACAUGGCUGUGAUGGCCGUUAUAUCAUUUCACGAAGUAGAUUUCAGUUACGACCGUAAUUAUCUCAUAUCAGCCCUAAAUGAAUCUCAUAAGUGCCUUCAAUUUAUCGUUUCUAAACAUUUGACAGAGAAAUCACUAGCAAGAAUUGAUAGCGUAUUUCACUUCUUCACAAAUGAUCAUUUUUUGGAUGCAAUUUUUAAAACAAAUUCGGAGUAUAAAGACGUUGUCAGUAGGAUUGUGUCCGAUUUGAAUAAAGCAAUCGAUAAUGGAGAUCUUUAAAGAGCUUGGUAGACCCAUACCGUUGGACAACUAACUGGACCAGUAGCUGUAUGGUCGAGAAUGCUCACAAUAAUUUUUUGUAAAUGAAUUACACAAUGCGUGGCACAUUUAAAACACCUAUACCUUACACAAUCUGUAUAUAUUAAUUUUAAAAUAUUUUAUGACUCACUGCUUUUAUAGUCCAAUAUUGUGUCUCAUUAUUUUUUGUACUUAUAAUAAUAAUUAGUGUGCGACUUUGAAAAAUACCUAAAUGUAAUGUAGUAAGGAAACGUGCGUUGAAAGUAUUACAGUAGUCAAAUGGAUAUUAAUAGUCGGUUUAAUACGAGCACUACAUUAAUUUAAAGGGUAUUUGCCAUGGUUAUUUAUUGUUGAUUAACACCUUGUGACUUCAGCGCACUUUAAAAGAGAAUAUAUUAAAAUUACUGCAGGAGUGUCGAUGUUAUAUUAAAUAUUAACGCCUAUUUGUUUAAGAUGGUAGUCAUUAUAUGAAACUGUAUUGUUACAUGAGGGAUGUUAAUGUAUGUUACUAUGUUUUAACUCUUUCGUCAUAUCCAGAUGCUGUAAACAUAUCCCCUUAUUGUUAAAUGAUAUUUUUAUAUCUUGCCAUUCGUCAAACAGGCAAUAGUGUACGACAAUAAAAUUUUAGUACAUUAUUUUCUGGUUCCAUUUCCUAGUCAUUGGCAAGAAAUGAUUUAGUGAUAUUUAUGUUUGAUAGCAAUACGAAUUUUGAAGAUUUAUCAAAAUGGGAUCAACUAACCAAAUAAUUUAAGGUCUAUCUGUAACCAUACUCAUAAUUUGAUACCAAAUAUUUUUUUGUACAUUAUUUAAAUUUACAAAUAUUUAUUUUAAUUUUUACUGCUAUUAUUAUUACAUUAUUUUUUAGAGUACCUAUAAUAAUUUAUUUUAAUCCUUUAGUGACAUAUAGAAACACUGGUCAAAUUUACUAAUCAUUGUCUUGUUAUAAUUUAUCUAUCUUUGUAGUGUGGAGUAGCAUUAUUACAUGUAUUUGUUACAACAUUUGUUAUAUCCAAUUUUAUGUUUUAUUUAUUAAAUAAUGUCCAUUUUA